UACGAUCCAGAAAAUGAGCCUGGUAGAGUUGAAAAUGGGUCUGCAUUCAUAAGGUUAAACGGGUGAACGGGUGAUGGAUAACUCGAACACAACGAGUCGGAGCCGGAGUAGAUCCACCUUUACGGGUCAAAACUCCAUAAAUGCUUUUUGAGUUUCAUCUCUCCCGCGGUUCGACGGUCUUCUAAAACCCUAACCAGCUCCAGACCAGACCUGAAAUAUCUCUCUGUCAAUUCGGCAGCUAUGUAUGGAGGCGAUGAGGUAUCGGCUAUAGUAAUCGACCUAGGUUCGCACACCUGCAAAGCCGGUUACGCCGGCGAAGAUGCGCCCAAAGCUGUGUUUCCUUCGGUUGUCGGAGCAAUUGAUCAAAUGGAAGUUGAUGACCUUGAAAAAACUGAAAAUAAAUCUGGAUCUGUAGAUUCUAAAAACACUGUCAGGACUGUUGAUUCUGAAAAAACCAAGGGAAAACGCAAAUUGUAUGUCGGAUCUCAAGCCUUAGGUUUUCGCCGGGAUAAUAUGGAGGUGUUGUCACCCAUAAAGGAUGGAGUUGUUGUUGACUGGGAUAUAGUUGACAGCAUAUGGGACCAUGCUUUUAGGGAAUGCCUGUUGAUAGAUCCUAAAGAGCAUCCAGUGCUACUUGCAGAACCAUCUUCUAACACCCAACAACAAAGAGAAAGGACGGCAGAGCUUAUGUUUGAAAAGUACAAGGUUCCCGCAUUGUUUUUGGCCAAGAAUGCUGUAUGCCCCUUAUGGAUUUGUGACCUCCCUUCAACUUGUAGCACUUUAAUUAUGGUUCUCACAUCUUUUGCAUCAGGACGUGCUACCUCAUUAGUUGUUGACAGUGGUGGAGGAUCAACUACGGUUGCCCCAGUGCAUGAUGGUUAUGUUCUUCAGAAGGCUGUUGUAUCUUCUCCAAUUGGGGGAGAAUUUCUUAGUGAUUGCUUGAUGAAAAGUUUGGGAAGCAAAGGUAUCACGAUAAAACCCAGAUAUUCUUUCAAGAGAAAGGAAAUACGGCCAGGAGAGUUUCAGAUAGUAGACCUUGAUAUUCCAAAUACAACAGAAAGCUACAGUUUCUACUCCCAGAGGGUAAUUGCUAGUGAUAUUAAGGAAUGUGUUUGCCGUGCCCCAGAUACUCCGUAUGAUGAAAGUGCUUAUUCGAACAUCCCAAUGACGCCAUAUGAGCUUCCUGACGGCCAGACAAUUGAAAUUGGAUCUGACAGAUUCAAGAUUCCUGAUGUUCUAUUUAAUCCAUCACUGGUCCAGACAAUUCCUGGUAUGGAGAAUUAUGCCGAGACUGCUCAUUCUGUUCGAGGUUUGCCACAAAUGGUCAUAGAGAGCAUAAAUAAGUGUGAUGUCGACAUUCGGAGAGAGCUAUUUAGUAGUAUACUGCUUGCUGGUGGCACGACGUCAAUGCAACAGUUGAAGGAACGACUUGAGAAAGACUUGCUAGAAGAGUCUCCUCAAGCUGCUAGAGUUAAAGUGUUGGCGAGUGGAAAUGCAACAGAAAGGAGAUUCAGUGUUUGGAUUGGAGGGAGUAUAUUAGCUUCUCUCGGUUCAUUCCAGCAGAUGUGGUUCUCCAAGUCUGAGUAUGAAGAGCAUGGGGCAUCUUAUAUUCAAAGAAAAUGCCCUUAAGAAGAGCCAUUUUUCUCGAUGAUGGGCAGUAUCAGAGAGAACUGAAAUGAGGUGGUGGUGGUUUUCUAUCCCAUGUUUUACUAGUAGAACGAUGGAACCCCACACAAAAAGAGAUGAAACAAAGAUGCCAUUUCGCAGCUUCUGGCAGCUUGCAUAUCAGGAAUUUCAGAUCAAAAGACUGGGACUGAUGGCUCACUAGGUGGGGUAGAUGCUGAAAGGCCAUCUUCGGGGUCAGGUGGAGGACCAAAACAAUGGCCAGUUAAAAAAAUUGGCUAGCGAAGAUGGAGAAAGAGGGAACCGUUCUAGGUAUUGAAUGUCAGUGCCAUAAGCAAAAUGUUGGAUAUUUGAUAGCAUCAAUUAGUGCUAAAACCAAAAUGUUACAUAUUUGCAUUCAAAGUAAAGAGCAUAUAAUAUUCUCCAAAAUUUGAAGUAUCUGAAGCAAUAACAUUCAAAGUUCAAUACAAUACACAUUAAUUGAUCGGUUUGCCUUAGGUCCAGUUCCAACUAUGAGAUGGGAUACACGUGUUUCAUGACAAGUGCAAGGGACACGUGAGUGGUCCAGUUCCAGGACCAGAGCCACCAAAUCCACAAACAGAUGAUAAAAGUCCAUUUGAACCAGAAGUAUAGCAAUAGAUACGUCUUAUACCUCGGUAAACAUGAAAAUAAAGGUUCAUCUUGGUAUGGACUUUUGGAGUUUAUGUACAUAUGAACAGAAUUCUAAUACUAGAAACAAAUUAGAGGCGUUGCCUCAGGCAUGCAUUUUUGUGAUGAUAUGCCGCUAUUCACACCCACCACUGGCAGGCUCAAUUGAACUCAAAAGGCCAUUACCUCUCAGUUGCAUGCAAUGUUCUUCAGCAUCAGCCUGAGCACAGAUGAUUACCACCGCCAGGCCAUUAUGAUGUGCCUCUUGCAUGAUGUUAACUGCAUUGUCAAGGGUCAUUCCCGGGAUGACCUUCAUUAAAACUUGGACCACAUACUCCCGCUUGUUGUAGUUGUCAUUGUGCAGCAAAACGCGGUAAGGUGGCGCCAUUUUCCUAGAUUUUCUGAAAUUCAAAGCAAUUAACGUAAUUGAAUCCUCUCUUAUGAUUUGAAGAAAAGGAUUAUUGAUAUGUAUCUUUAAUCAACAACCUGGAAGCAAUAAAAAAAGAUUGUUCCCUUCUUUUUAUUCCCAUACCUAAAUGGAUGGUUUGCUCUUGGACUACAUCAAUACAAGGACGAACACAGAGCAACUGGGAGAAGUUGAGCUCACAAGAAAAAUAGCAUUCAAUUAAGAGAAGAUAGGCAAACACAGUGGAGAAGCCAUGAAAUUAGUUCGUGGAUGCAUAAAUAGAAUAACAAUAAGACUACUAAAAUCGAGAUUUACACAUUAGCAGUGUAUUUGACCGACCAAAAAACUAGUUCAGUGUGGUUUUGCAUCAGUUUUCAAAACCAAAUUAACUCAAUUUUGAAUUGGUUUGACUAUAUCCAAUUCAUCUAGUAUAUGCAUUGUAAUAACUAAUAAGCUUUUAACAAAUGUAUAUAUAAGAUGUUUAACUGUCGAAUGUACCGAAAAGAUUGACUUGAGAAUUAUUCCAUUAACAUAGCUGGACAAAAGGUGAAUUUGAAUGUGGUAAAAAAUGUGAUGCAAAGAAGAAGAUGGCACUUACCCUUUUUCUUUCUUUUAUUUUGAAGGUUCAAAUACAAAAACACUCUUGGAUUUUGCAUUAUUAUCUUUUUGCUCAUCAAGUUUUCGGUUUUAUCAUUUCACUCCUUGGAUAUUUUUCCCCUCCGUCAUAUUUCAGUUAAAACAUUCAACGAAAGUCUAGCAUAGCAUGCCAAAUGUGGACAAAUGGCUAAAAACUAAUAAAAAUUUCAAACCUUCAAUUCAUGUAUAAAGUAAAAUCAUUUAAAAAUAAAUAAAAAUAGAGAAAUAGUUUUAAAUAGUCCAAAAAUAAAAAAUGCGAAACAAUAAAAAAAUAAAGCAAAAAGUUGAAAAAACACAGCCAUGAAUGGCAAAUACCCAGGGAUUGUGCAAUUACCCAGGUGCUCGAAGGCAAUAACAUCAACGAAAUAUCACAAAUCAAAAUGUUUUCAGUGAGGAAUCAAAAUGUUUUCAGUGAGGCACAGUAAUAAGAUGGCCCAUAUUUGGUAUUUACCUUGAUCAUAGACAUGCCUGGUUGAUUAAAUAACUUCACUCUUCAACUCUGACAAAUCAAUGAAUACAAAACCAUUGGUUCUAAAAGCUAUAAUAAUGCAGAAACUAAAACGCCAUAGAUUCCUCCAAUAGUUUAAACCUAAAUAGCAGUGUGUCAUUUAAACCCUAUCCAAGAUGUUUUGUAGUACAUAUC